ACAGAAGGGGCGGGACGGGGGCGGGGACGGAGUGAUUUCCUCGCGAGAAGCGGGUUGAGCGGGAGGUUGGAGCCGCCGCCGAAAUGUUAUUUUACUCAUUUUUCAAAUCCCUCGUGGGGAAAGACGUGGUGGUGGAGCUGAAAAAUGACUUGAGCAUUUGUGGAACCCUGCAUUCUGUUGAUCAGUACCUGAACAUCAAACUGACGGAUAUCAGUGUGACCGAUCCAGAGAAAUAUCCACACAUGCUCUCCGUGAAGAACUGCUUCAUCCGCGGCUCGGUGGUGCGUUACGUCCAGCUGCCGGCCGAUGAGGUGGACACCCAGUUACUGCAAGACGCCGCAAGGAAGGAGGCGAUGCAGCAGAAGCAAUGAGGAGCGCCACGGGCACUAGUGCGGAACGGAGGCAGCCGAGGAUGGUACACAAACUGUCCUCAACACAAACUGACUCACCGUUGCAAAUCCAAAUUCUCUUCUGCUUUUUUUUUUAAACAGUGUGUCUUUUUAAAAAAAUGUUCUCCCUAAGACUUGUGCAACAUAUGAAGAUGGAUAGACCAUCUCGCAUUUCUGUUGCAGUUUUCCCCUCCUCUCUCUCUCUCUCUCCUCACUAUCCCUCCCCGAAAUCGCGCGCCACAAAUCCCCACCAUUUUGUGUUGAUUCCGCGAUGGUUUAUAGGUCCAGGGGGGAAAAAAAUUACCUGUUCAUCCUCCCUUAUGUCUUUCUUCCGGUCCUUCGGAAGAAACAUUUAUUUGCAACCUUGUUUGGGAUGAGAGAAAAAAAAAUUGGACUUUUGGAAACUUUUUUAGACUUCAAAAGUUCCAAAAGUUAGACUUUUGGGGUAAGUUUUUUUUUUUUUUUAGAUUUGUUUACCAAAACCAUGCCCCAAAAUAACCGAAGGGGACCAUUUACAGCGUGGUCAUGUAUGUUCCACUUAGUUUUAAGAAGAAUGUGCAAGCGCGUUUUGUGUGUGAGGGGGGGGGGGGGAGAGAUUUCUUCUGCUGGUGCCUGCCACUGCUCUGGGAGAAACCAGCUCCAGGCUUGAAACGGGCAGCCAAGCUGGGUGGCCUGUGUCACAAGCGUUCACUCCCACUCAAAUGGGGCCGUGUAUCUCUCAGGCAAGCUUGUGGAACAGUGCGGCUUUUUGUUUUGAUAAUGCCAUUGAGGAUGCAGCGGGAAGAGUGUCUUUAACUUUUUUUUUUUUCUAAAUGUUUUGUAAAGUGUAUCGGAAGUGAUUGAAACACAAGUCCUCAGUGUACACUUGCAAUACAGACCUUACACUGUAAAAUGCUGAAGGAAGCAUUUUUUGUUGCAACUGAAGCUAGGACAGCUUUGUUUCUCUACUGUAGACUCUAGUGUGUGUGUGUGUUGUGAUGUAACAUCACGGGGAUUAAAAUCAAGUUUGCAACCUA